AUGCAACCAGCACGACCCCCGCCGCGGGCGCCGGGCAGCUUUAGCCCUCUGCCGGGCUCUACAGCUUCCAACGCACCGCCGCCGCAACGUCCACGACCGCCUGCCCGCGCCGAGUCGUCGUCCAGCGAAGAGAGCAUCUCGAUCAAUUUCGUCAAGCCGCGAACUCACGCUCCGAGCGCGCCCACACAACCUUCUUCUGGGACCCCGAUCUAUGCUCAGUUUACGUCCCAGGCCAACUCGAGCACCGCAAGUCUGCAGAACUUUUCGCGCCCGACUGCUCAGCGGUCGGGAACUACGCCCGGAGGACCAGUAGGUCACGGCUCAGGAGGAGGAAACGAUCUGAGCACACCCGGUCUUUUCGACUCGACGCUGCCGUCGACGAGCACGUCGAAUCUGUCCCACGUGGGCAUGUCACACCCGUCCGCCAACUCGUCUUCUACACAACAACAGCAGCACCGACACCCGAGCCCUGCCCUUUCGGCGAGUCACAUCGCGGCACAGGCGGCCUUUCAGCACCAGAACAACCAGCAACAUCAGCAGCUGCAGCACGCCCGACAGCGAUCGCAGACUGUCCCCAACCCGAACGGAGACGGCGACAACAUCGGCACCAAGGGCGACCCUAAAGACAAACCGCUCCCUAGCCCAAGCAAGAUCGGCAGCGCGCUUGCUUCGUUACAGCGAGGGAAUUUCAGCACAAGCAGUCUGAUUGAUACCAGCGGUCAAUCUAUCUACAACCUCAACAAUUCGUCUGCGGCCACCAUCCGCGCAGUGCCCGAAACACCCACUAUGGAGAAGGAGGGGAAAGAAAAGGAAAAGAAGCAUCAUUUUCUAUCACGGCAGAAGCAUAAGCUCAAGGAUGACUACCAUCUUCCGCUGUCUUCCGCAUCGAGCAACUCGAAACCCACAGACCCCAGUGCCCCCUCGAGUUUGUACAGUUUCAACUUACCCCCUAGUCCGGCCCCAACUGCAACGUCGUUUGGGAAGGCUCGGCGGGACAAAAAGACUGAAAAGGAGACCAGCAACCUCAGCGUCGAGUCAAGUUCGCUCCCUUCAGAAUGGCCAGGGCCAAGCAGUCUACCGAGUUUGACGCACCAGUCGUCAUAUCUAUCCGAACCAAUCGACGCGGGUAAGUACGGUCUCAACAGCAUGGCGCUCGACGAUGCAUGGCCGUAUUUGAAGGCGAAAAUGCUCGUCAUCUUUGAGGGCGAGGAUUUACGACAGCCGGUGGAGGAUUUCAACCGAUUGGUCACGCUGCACAUACAAUACUGCAUUCAGCGCAGGUCGCCUAACAUCAUCCUUGAGGACUUGCGCGAGCUUCUUGCGACUGGCUUUGCGUCCUUGGAUAUGACCCUCAGACGUACGCAAGAGGACAAAGUCAUCCCGGCUCUGGUCGAGAUGUGGCUCAUCACCUAUACCUCCAUCCUGCCCUACAUGCAAGCCGUUUUCCUACCCCUCGACCUUGAAUUCUCUGGCUGCGGUGUGCUCAUGAACGCCGACCAAGCCCGCGACUUCUGGGGCGGCGUCAAGGCACCGUCUUCCGAUAGCGCGCCAUAUGUCAGCCCCGCAUCCACCGCCCUCGACGUGCGCCGCAUUGUCCUCACGGCAUACCGAGACAUCGUCAUCCUCCCCCGUUACGACUCACUCAAGGCCAUCUUCUCUCGACUAUCCCUUGAGUUCCUCCCGUCCUCGUUCGCCUCUCUGGCCCUCGCCUCCCCGCUGCCGGACCCAGCGCUUUCUUCCAGCCCCGCAGACACCAUGAGCAUGAUGCGCCCCGGCACAGCCAUGAGCCUGGACCCAUCCGUUGCGAGCUACAACUCCAACGCGACGACGCUUCUGGGCGAUGGCAGCGCGGGAGGCGGCGGUGGCGGGCGCAGCCGCGGCCUCAGCAACGUCAGCUACGCCAGCGGCGGGAGCGACGGGCAGCUGCGGCCGUUCACGCGCGAGCAGAACGUCGAGGACUCUAAGCAGGUCACCGAGAUGGUCGGGCGCAUGCUGCAGUGUAUGAGCAUCCUCGCCAGCAUCGGUGGCACCUCCGGUGACGGCAGCGACGAGGGGAACAGGCGGAUGGAGGAACUGUGCCGGCUGCUGAAGCUCAACUGGCUCGGCAGGGGCCGGACGGGCAGGAACCGUAGGGGGAUCGUUGGCGGUAGACGGCGGGAGAUUCCCGAAUCUAUCAGAGAAGGGUUGCGCGUCGUUUGA